AUGGUAAUUGAGUACUUGGACCGUGUACAUGUGUUGGUGGAGGAGCUUGCGCUUGCUGGAUGUCCGAUUUCGUUAGAUGAGCAAAAUCUUUACGUUUUUCGCGGCUUGCAAUCGGAGUUCCGGGCGAUGACUUCUUCCCUUAUAACUCAUGGUACGCCGGCGCCUGCUGCCAUGGUUGCUCGCCCUAAUGGGCGUUCAUUUGACUUCCAACGAGGUGGUCGUGGUAGGUGGCGUGGCGGUCGUGGUCGAGGAGUCUCUCUCCGGUGUCAAAUCUUCUCUAGCGUGGGUCACUCAGCGGUCUCCUGUUUUCAUCGCUAUAGUGACGUGCUAACACCUCAAACUCACAUCGCGACGGUUCAUGCGGCUUCUGGUGAUGCUUCUCUGGAUCACAAGUUGUGGUUCCCGAAUACUGGUGCAACAAAUCACGUUACUCGAUAUCUUUCUGCUCUUUCGGCCUCGGAUGAAUAUUUAGGGGGUGACACUCUACGCGUUGGCAAUAGUGCAGGUUUGUCUAUUACUAGUAUUGGUCAUGCUUCUUUUUCUACCCCCUCUAGGUCUUUUUCUAUGUAUGAUGUGUUGCAUGUCCCUAGUUUAUUUGCCUCAUUACUUUCUGUUCAGCGUUUUGCGUCUAACAAUAAAUUGUUUUUUGAGUUUCAUCCCAAUUUCUUUGUUGUGAAAGAUCUAGUAACCAAGGAGUACUGCUUAAGGGGUCCACCUCGGGAGGGAUAUAAAAAGUUGCAUUCGGUUUUUGCUCAACUCAGUAUUGCCUACCGUCGUUCUUGCGCAUAUACUCAUGAGCAUAAUGGACAUGUUGAGCAUCGUCUCUGUCAUAUUGUGGAGAUCGAGCUCACUCUUAUGGCUCAGGCUUCAGUUUCCUCUUGUUUAUGUGAUUUUUCCUUUGAGAUCACUGUGUACUUGAUUAAUAGAAUGCUAAUGCCUACAUUGGCUAAUUCUAGUCCUCAUUAUAUGAUUCAUCGUUCCCUUCCUUCGUACUCUUUUCUAUGCACCUUUGGUUGCUUCUGUUAUUUGUUCAUGCGUCCUUAUAAUCGUCAUAAGAUGGAUUUUAGUGUGGUGAGGUUGUCUUCUGCUAGUCCAUGGCUAGUUGCACCGGUUUCUAGGGCCUUGGUACGAUAUACUGAUGUUUCAUCAGAGUCUAUGACUACACCUGGUCGACGCCCGUCUCAUAGAACUGUCUCACAGCGCCAGCCGACUGUUUGUACUCAUCCCAUGGUGUUGAGACACAUGAAGAGAGCUGUUGUGACUACUAAUUUUCCUGUAGUUCUUUCUAUUGAGCGUUUGGUGCCUUACCGGCUGGCCAUUAAUGUUGUGGGCUACAAGUGGGUUUUUCGUACCAAACGAAAAGUUGAUGGCUCAGUUGAGCGUCAUAAGGCUUGGCUAGUCGUAAAAGGAUUUAAUCAGGUUGCAGGUCAAGACCUUUUUGAUACCUUUAGUCCAUUUGUUAAGCCGACUAUGGUUCGCCUCUUUUUAGCUCUUGUAGUUUCCUCAGACUGGAUUGUUCGUCAACUUGAUGUUCAUAAUGCAUUUUUGAAUGGCAGUUUGUCCGAGACUGUUUAUAUGCAUCAGCUGCCUAGCUAUACUAAUGCUGAUUAUCCUGAUCAUGUAUGUCUACUGCAGCGUUCUCUGUAUGGGCUGAAACAGGCUCAUCGGGCACGGUUCACCAUGUUACAUGGUUUCUUACUUUUUGUCGGUUUUUUUGUGCUUCUAAGAUCGAUGUUUUCUUUGUUUAUUUAUGCUCAGUCUGCCUCGCGUGUGUAUUUGUUGUUGUAUGUUGAUGACAUUUUGGUUAUGGGCAUUAUUCAAUCUAUAAUUGAUGCUCUUCUGCUGAAAUUAUCUGUUGCGUUUAAGACUCGUGAUAUUGGAUCUCCUAGUUUUUUCCUUGGCAUUGAAAAUGUUGCUCAUGAUGGUGGCUUGGUGCUUUCUCAGAAGAGGUAUAUGUGUGAUAUUUUAAAGCGUGUAGGUAUGGUAGAUUGUAAGCCCCUAGCUAUGUCGGUUCAUGUUAGUCAUUCGGCUGAUGUUUCCAGCGCUCCUUAUGCUGAUCUGACGAAGUACAGGAGUCUGGCAGAUUGGGCCAUGUGUGCGGCUGAUCUAAGUCGACAAGUGGUUUCGCUGUGUUUUUGGGUUCAAAUUUGGUCAUCCAUUAAGGCAGAAUACAAAGCGCCGACUAAUGUCUCUGUUGAGGUCACUUGGGUUAUGUCUUUGCUGCGUGAGCUAGGUAUCUCUGCGUCUCCUCCGAAGCGGUCGUGUGAUAAUAUGUGUGCUACUUACAUGUGUACUAAUCUGGUUUUUCAUACCCGGACUAAGCACGUUGAAAUUGAUUAUCACUUUGUUCGGUACAAGGCGACUAAGGGGGAACUUUUGGUCAACUUUAUCUCCACCCAGGAUCGGAUGGUUGAUAUCUUUAUCAAACCUCUUACAGCUUCUCGGUUUGUUUUUCUACGUGACAAGCUUCAAGUUGUCAAUCGUGACCCUUGCGCUUGA